GACAUUAAAAAGAAGAAAAAGAAGGAAGAAGAAGACCGCAUAAACAAGUUUCGUCUUCCCUGUUUUUGGGUUUUGACAGAUUCCACUAAAUUACCGAAAAUCGUGUGACUGAAAAGCGCCCCUGACUAACAGAUUAUAGCGAUACUGAGAUCAACUUAAGUGAUCUCUUUCCAUGGCAGUGCGUAUCCUGAUUUUGCCAAGGUUGGUGGUGGGUACACACAUUACCAGUCGUCUGCUGUCCACUGGCCAUGUCCAAGGAAGGACAGAGAGUCGCCCGGAGCUUGGAGUCUUCUCGCGUUCUUCCGUCGGCACAUUCUUUCAGGAGAGACCUCUUCUGAAGAACCCAUUUCUUGAAGAUGCUUUACUCCAAAAAUACCUGAGUAGGAACCUCCCACCUCAGAUUUUGGGCAGCAUUAGAGCAGACUUGGCCCAGUUUGGGGAGCGGAUUGUGAAGGAGUUAGAUAUCCUGGGCCAACAGUGCGAAGACAGUCCUCCUCGUCUGCAGCACUAUGAUGCUUGGGGUUGUCGUGUGGACCGUAUCCUUACCUGCCCUGCCUGGGCCCACAUGAAAAAGAUCUCUGCUCAGGAAGGACUGGUUGCAGCUGGUUAUGAGAGGACAUAUGGCGAGUGGAGCCGAGUUUUCCAGAUGUCGAAACUAUACAUCUACUCCCCCUCUGCUGGACUCUACACCUGUCCAUUGGCAAUGACUGAUGGAGCGGCCAAAGUUAUAGAGUCAUUUGGGAUGUCAGGGCCUCUGGAAAAUGCAUUUCAACGGCUCACAUGUCGUGAUCCCCAGCGAUUUUGGACAUCAGGACAGUGGAUGACAGAGCGGAAAGGGGGCUCAGAUGUGGCUAACGGGACAGAGACAGUUGCCAUACCCCAGGCUGACGGGACCUACAAAUUGUAUGGCUUCAAGUGGUUCACCUCCGCAACGGAUGCAGACAUGACCCUCACGCUGGGGCGGGAGCUAAAUGCUGAAGGAUUCCCCAAGCAGGGCAGCAAAGGGCUGUCUCUGUUUUAUGCAGAAGUGCGGGAUGAGCAGGGAAAUCUGAAAGGUAUUGAGGUCCAGCGGCUGAAGGACAAACUGGGGACGAGGCAGGUGCCCACAGCAGAGCUGCUGUUGGACGGCCUCCCUGCGCACAGGAUUUCAAGUGAAGGGAGGGGUGUGGCCUCAAUCUCAAACAUGCUGACAAUCACCCGCAUCCACAACACAGUCUCUGCAGUGGCUGCCAUGAGGAGGAUCAUUCAGCUGGGAAGGGAAUAUGCUGCAAAGCGCUUUGUCUUUGGGAAGUUCCUGAGGGAACAUGCCCUUCAUGUACAGACCAUGGCCCGAAUGGAGGUGGAGACCCGUGGGGCCUUCCUGCUGCUGAUGGAGGUAUCUCGACUCCUGGGCAGGGAGGAGAGCGGAGUGGCUUCUGAGCUGGAGUCCCACCUCCUCCGUCUCCUCACACCAGUGGCCAAGCUCUACACCGGGAAACAGGCUGUUGCUGUAGUGUCAGAGGGCCUGGAGUGUUUUGGGGGCCAGGGAUACAUGGAGGACACAGGCUUACCCAGAAUGUUACGGGAUGCACAGGUGUUGAGUAUUUGGGAAGGGACCACAAAUGUCCUGUCACUGGAUGUGCUUCGCUGUUUAGCCAAGAGCAAUGGUGAGGUCCUGGAGGCCUUUUACUUAGAAAUCAAGAUAAAGCUGGAAGCUGCUUCAGGAAAGCAAGCUCUGGCUCCAUCAGUGAUGGCUGUGAACUGUGCUCUCUCUAAGCUGGGCCAGUUUGUACAGGCUGCAGCCAGUCGGGCCCCCAGUUACCUGGAGCUGGCAGCUCGAGACCUGUCAUACAGCCUGGCACGCAUCUACAUGGGUGCACUUUUGAUAGAGAAUGCUGCUUGGGAGAGGGCAUCUCACUCAGACGUAUAUGCUGCAACACGGUGGUGUCAACAGGACCUUUGUCCAGUGAUGAGUAAUAAGGACAGUGGUUGGUACAACCCUGAGGCACCAGAGGACGAUGCUAUGCUAGUGUAUGAAGUGAGCCCCAACCAUCGUCAACCAAUGGAAGUGCAAUAACUGAUCACAUGGGUUAUCUCUUGACUAGCGGAUAAUCAUCACACAGGGUCUGUUGAGAGAUUGCAAUAAAAAAACUGAUGAUCAUGAAGUCAUUCUUAUAAUUUCAAGACUUGACAGAAACAAAAAAUAAUAGGGCAAACCCUCACAGUGUGAAUGUUUUAUAUUAAACCUGAAUUAUAUUUUACAGUCUAUUACAUUAUACAUUUUUUGCCAAUUUGAAAAUAUAUGUAGUUCUUCAACUCAUGCAUUCACCACACUGAUUUUUAAGAGCACUAAGUAAACUCAUUUAGUGACCAAAUACAUUAUUUUCAUACAGGACGUGUAGGUGUAUGAACACAUUUUGUACACAGAAGCCAUCAAAAAUAACACCCUUUGACUGAACUACAGGGCUUAGUUAAAAACAAUUUAUAAAUAUGUGUUUCGUGUCAGAAGAACAUGUACUCACAACAGAAUAAAGAAAAUACAAAACAA